AUGGACUUGUCGGCUGAUGGUUGGGCACAAGAGCCGGAUUCGUUGGAGAGACGAAUCUCUCGCACGGAGGCACAAGCCCAGAGACUAAAGGAGGAAGUUGCGACGGUGCUGCGUGGGCUGGCUGCUCUGAAGGAGCAAGUCAAGAGCGCAGAUGAUCUCGCAGGGGACCCUGGGAGUGAAGACAUGAGGAGAGAAAUUGAUGAAGUGUUGAAGAGACAGACGGAAGUCCUCGAAGAGAUGGUGAAAUCCACAGAGUCCUUUCCGAGGCGAUGGGCCCAGUUCGAGCUGAACACCAGCCAGCGUGUAGAGCUUACUCGAGUCGGAGAGAAACUUGUCGCUUGCCAGGUGCAAGUCCUGUUGCUGGUGGGCAUCAGGAGUUUCUGUGCAGCAGCCGCUCCAGACAAUGGAGUUGAGCGAACAAAGCUCUUCGGCAACAUCAAUGCAUAUGCAUACUUUUUCGCAGAGCUGCUUGUGGGAACGCCACCUCAAUCAGCAUCGGUCAUAGUUGACACCGGUAGUGCACUCUGUGGUUUCCCAUGUGCCGGCUGUAGCCACUGCGGAAAUCAUCUCGAUCCGCCUUUUGACAUGGAGGCCUCAAACACAUCCAGAACGUUGCCAUGUGGUCCAGACUGCAACCGUUGUGAUGCAGCUCGGUGUGGGUACCUGCAAUCCUACUCUGAAGGAAGCAGUAUUUCUGGCAUCUGGUUCCGUGACCUCGUGAUGCUAAACGGUGAUCGGCACUCAGCAUCCCAUGUAAAGUAUGCAGUCAUUCAGAAGCUUGCAAGAAGCGCAGAAGUGAGCUCUAAAAGAGAAGUCUUUCCUUUGGACGCCAUGGACUUCCAGCGCAGACGGAAUUUCCAUGUGGUUUUGUUCGGCCUGGCAAGUUUGGUCUGCUUGCCGCUGGGCUUCGUCGGGUCUGUAGCAAGAUCGCCUACGGGGACGCCAGGGAGGAAGUUGCGGCGCAUCUCCGCAUCGGCUAUAACCCUCUCCCGCAUACCUACAGGCGAAGGUCUGAUGCAGAAAAUAGAUACGGAGACGCUUCAGCGGUUAGAAGAGGCCGAUCUCGAGGUGGGCAUGCCCGAUAUGAGUGACCUCGAAGAGAUGACAGCUUUGAUGGUCGACUCUUUCGAUCGCAUGCUCGCCAAGAAGCGCUGGGAUGAAUCUAACCCCUUCGCAGAGUAUGCGAACGCCUUCAUUGACGCUGACGAGACCGACAAGAUUGCCAAGGGGAUGCAGAUGCGACUUGACGUAUCCCUGCAAUAUCAAAACCUCCGCCGUCCGGUUAAACAGGACGAGAGCAUGGCACUGGUGGCCCGAGCAAAGCAGGGCCCCUUGGUUGCUUAUGUGGAGCUUUGUGUCCUUGCGAACGAUGGCCGUCGACCUGAAGAUGAUGAUGAGAGCCUCCCUGAGGGAGUCACCAAGCAACCAUACUUGAGCAAUCUUUGUGUCGCUCCUCCCUUCCGACGGUCAGGUAUUGGAAAAGCAUUACUCAGAGUGGCGGAGGAUGUGGUCAGAUACAUUUGGAAAGACAGCAAGAUGUACUUGCACAUUGACGAGUACAAACCUGCUAGAUUGCUCUAUGAAUCGGUGGGAUAUGCUGCAGUCGGCGACACCGACGCUGAAGGUGUGACUCACAUGAUGAAGGAGCUUCCUCCAAUCGAAGAAGAAAUUGAUGAUGACGAGGGUGAGGACUACUUUGUGUCCGAGGAGGACCUUGCCAACAUGAAGGCCAUUGAGGGGGGCAGUGAAAGGUUGGCACUAGGAGCAGGCAAGGAUGCAUAA